AUGUGCUCUGAUUUUUCUAUACGCAUUAGGAGAAAGCCAACUACAAAGAAGAACAAAACAUGGGAUGGCGAUGGUAUUCUCACAGCUCGGGCUGGAUAUGUCACUCUGCGAGACGUCGGAGGAAAGGACAUGGGGCGAGCGAAUUUUGAGUCCGAGCUCGAGCCUGGCAAGAUGCUCUAUGUGAGCGGCAAAGAAGUGGAAGUCGAAUCUGAAAUUCCUCGCAGAGAAUACUUGGCUGGGAAGAACAUUGUCCAAUCCACAAGCUUAGCUGCAACCCCGCAAAAGCUUCCCAAGAAAUCCCCUUUGACUUCACUGCAACGCGCUGUUGGAAAUACUUCCGCAAGCUCCUUGAGUCGAACUGGGUCUCUGAAACGAGACUUAUCAGCUAUGGAGUCCGAUGGGCAGAGUCACUCCGGAUUUGGAGCUUACAAGAAACCCAUUCUCGACGAUAACAUAAUGCCAAGCAAGCCAGACAAAAUCGUUCCGCGCCAUGACCCAUCUGCGCCAGGGGCUCUGGUUAUGCCUCGUCCCAGCUCUGUCCCUAAAGGGAAGCAUAUUGUUGAUGUUGUUGUCGAUCCUUUGCUGACAAAAAGCUUGCGACCACACCAACGGGAGGGUAUACAAUUCUUAUAUGAAUGUGUCAUGGGCAUGCGAUCAUUCAAUGGGGAGGGUGCAAUCUUAGCAGAUGACAUGGGCCUGGGUAAAACAUUGCAAACAAUUGCUUUAUUAUGGACACUUCUCAAGCAAAAUCCCAUUUAUGGUGACGCUCCAGUCAUCAAGAAGGCUCUGAUCGUCUGUCCCGUUACCUUGAUCAAUAACUGGAAGAAGGAGUUCCGCAAGUGGCUUGGGAAUGAACGUAUCGGAGUCUUUGUCUUUGAUGACAAGCGGAAACGUCUCACCGAUUUUACCAAGGGCAGAUCGUACAGCGUUAUGAUUGUAGGUUAUGAGAAGUUGAGAACCGUUCAGGAAGGCUUGGCAAAAGGCGCUGGCGUCGACAUUAUCAUCGCGGAUGAAGGCCAUCGACUCAAGACACUACAAAACAAGAGUGGCCAGGCUAUUCAAUCACUCAAUGCUACAAAGCGAGUCAUCCUCUCUGGCACUCCAAUUCAAAACGAUCUCAAAGAAUUCUUCGCUGGUGUUGACCUUGUGAACCCCGGAGUUCUCGGUUCAUUCAAAUCCUUCAUCAGGGAGUACGAAACACCCAUUGUUCGAAGCAGACAACCAGAGGCCACAAGAAAAGAGAUUGAGAAGGGAGAAGCUCAGAACGAAGAGCUGCGAGAACUCACUUCCAAGUUUAUUCUUCGCAGAACAGCAGACAUUUUAUCCAAGUACUUACCACCAAAGACUGAAUAUGUGCUAUUCUGCAACCCGACACGGCCACAGGCCCAGAUCUAUCAGGCAGUCCUCGCAUCUCCUAUCUUCCAGUCUGCCAUGGGAAAUGCCGAAAGCGCUCUCCAGCUCAUCACAAUCCUGAAGAAGCUUUGCAACAGUCCAUCACUACUCUCAGCAAAGAACAACGACAACUCACCUAACGAAACCAUCGCUGCUCUCCUAUCUUCCAUUCCACAAGCCCUCAUACGACACUUAUCCCCCUCGGCAAGCGCCAAAGUCCGAGUCCUCGACCAAAUCCUGGAUAGUAUGCGAAACAACACUUCCGAAAAGAUCGUCCUCGUCUCAAAUUACACAUCCACUCUCAAUCUCCUCGCCACACUCCUGACUUCCCUUGGUCUUCCUUUUCUUCGUCUAGACGGAAGUACCCCUGCUCAAAAGCGUCAACCAUUGGUAGACGAUUUCAACCGACUACCCGCAGAAAAAUGCUUCGCCUUUUUACUCUCCGCAAAGGCCGGUGGCACAGGUCUGAACCUUAUCGGUGCUAGCCGUCUGAUCCUUUUCGAUGUUGACUGGAAUCCCGCUACGGAUAUCCAGGCUAUGGCUCGUAUCCACCGUGAUGGACAAAAACAUCACUGUCGUAUCUACCGUGUUAUUCUGAAAGGCAGUCUUGAAGAGAAAAUCUGGCAGAGACAGGUUACUAAACUCGGUUUAGCUGAUAGUGUUAUGGAACAUAAGAAUAGCGUUGCUCAGUUCUCGGCCGCUGAGCUUCGUGAUCUUUUUAGACUUGAUGAGGAGAGUCGUUGUCAGACGCAUGAUCUGUUAGGAUGUGACUGUGAAGGUAGAGGGACUGGUGCGUCGUCGGGAACCACAACACCUACUCGCAAGACAAGCGAUAAUGACUCCGACCCUGAGGAGACUAGUGAUAUCCCCUCUGAUGAGGAUGAGUCUGGCUUCCCUAAGCUGGUUAAAGCUUCAGAGCUCGAUAUGGAUGAGCAGGAACGCUCGAUUCGUGAGUCGUCGCGGAGAGGCACAAAGCAAAAGGAAACGAUGCAUCAGUCUUUGGCACAGUAUGCGCAUAUUGAUCCUUCGCUUCUGACUGCUGAUGGUGAAGAGGAAGAGGAGAUCGGUUCGGCUGUUGAUGAUGAUGUCCUUCUUUCUAUAUUGAAAGAUGAGUGCAAUCGCAUUGGGUAUGUAUUUAAGAAGUCAAACGGCGCUGAGAUUGGGUGUGAGGAAGCUGCGGUGGCGGAUAUUACGUCUGAUGAAUGA